AGCUGUGGCCCCCACCCCCACUCCCGCGCGCCUCCUUCAUCUCCUCAGCCUUUACUUCCCUUCAAGCCAGUCCUUCUCCUCAGCCUUCACCCGCUCCUCGGCAGGUUUCCCUCUUCUCAGUCCUCAGCCCUCCCAUCCUUCCUCUGCUGGUUCUGGGCUCCUCUUCCCUCACCUCUCAGCGGUCCGCGCGCGGCGAGGCGCAGUGGGGCUUUGGGUUGCUCCUCCCCUUCCCCACCUCCCCGCCUCCUGCGCGGCCAGGGAGGGAGCCGGCCAGCUGGAGUCCGCAUCCGUGUGCACUGGCUGCCGCAGGGCCCAGCGAGCAGGUGGAGCUCAGCUUCCCGCGGGGCACUGGGCGGUGGACCGCAGUGACGAGGCCGAGACAUGGCGGCCACGCGCCUCUGAGGCCGCAGAGCCCGAGCCUCUUGCUGCCCGAGCUGCGCCUGACGAUGCAGCUUGGCUGCUGACGGCCCGGGGCCGCAGGAUCCUCGCUGCGGUCAUCACUCUGCAGUCUCCAUGGUGUAUCCCUCCUCAGUGCUUCCGGCCGUGUAGCAGCCGCUGCCGGCCGGGCCUCAGGGCACUCUGCCUAUUCAUCAGGCACUUUCCCUUUCCAUUUUUACCUCCAUCCCAAUUUGCUUUUCCUUUACCCCUCUGUUUUGCAAUAUCUCCGCCACCCCGCUAUGGCCGCAGAAGAGGUGCUGCAAACGGUAGACCACUAUAAGAUUGAAAUAGAGAGGCUGACCAAGGAGCUCACAGAAACGACCCACGAGAAGAUCCAGGCUGCCGAGUACGGGCUGGUGGUGCUGGAGGAGAAACUGACCCUCAAGCAACAGUAUGACGAACUGGAGGCCGAGUAUGAGGGCCUCAAACAAGAGCUGGAGCAGCUCAAAGAGGCAUUUGGACAGUCCUUCUCUAUCCACCGUAAAGUGGCUGAGGAUGGAGAGACUCGGGAGGAAACACUUCUACAGGAGUCUGCAUCCAAGGAAGCUUACUAUCUAAACAAGAUCUUGGAGAUGCAGAAUGAACUGAAGCAGAGCCGGGCUGUGGUCACAAAUGUCCAGGCAGAAAAUGAGAGGCUCAUAGCUGUUGUACAGGAACUGAAGGAGAACAAUGAGAUGGUGGAACUACAGAGAAUACGAAUGAAAGAUGAAAUACGAGAAUAUAAAUUCCGGGAGACCAGACUCCUUCAGGACUAUACAGAACUGGAAGAAGAAAAUAUUACAUUGCAGAAGCUAGUGUCCACAUUAAAACAGAACCAGGUUGAAUAUGAAGGCUUAAAGCAUGAAAUUAAGCGAUUUGAAGAAGAAACAGUGCUAUUGAACAGCCAACUGGAAGAUGCCAUCCGACUGAAAGAAAUUGCUGAACAUCAGCUGGAAGAAGCCCUUGAGACAUUGAAAAAUGAAAGAGAGCAAAAAAACAACCUGAGGAAGGAGCUGUCCCAGUACAUCAACCUUAGUGAUAACCACAUCAGCAUCUCGGUAGACGGGCUCAAGUUUGCUGAAGAUGGGAGUGAGCCAAACAAUGAUGACAAGAUGAAUGGACAUAUCCAUGGGCCUCUUGGGAAACUGAACGGAGACUAUCGUGCUCCUGCGUCAAGGAAAGGAGAAUCCCUGCACCCCGUGUCUGACUUAUUCAGUGAGCUAAACAUUUCAGAAAUUCAGAAAUUGAAGCAGCAACUCAUGCAGGUAGAACGAGAAAAAGCCAUUCUUCUGGCCAACCUCCAAGAGUCACAAACCCAGCUAGAACACACCAAGGGGGCACUGACCGAGCAGCAUGAGCGAGUGCACCGACUCACAGAGCAUGUCAAUGCCAUGAGGGGUCUGCAGAAUGGCAAGGAGCUCAAGACUGAGCUAGAGUGUGAGAAGGGCAGGAACUCAGCAGAGGAGGCCCACGACUAUGAGGUGGAUAUCAAUGGCUUAGAGAUCCUUGAGUGCAAAUAUAGAGUGGCUGUCACUGAGGUUAUUGAUUUGAAAGCAGAAAUUAAGGCCUUAAAAGAGAAAUAUAAUAAAUCUGUGGAAAAUUAUACAGAAGAAAAGACAAAAUAUGAGAGUAAGAUCCAAAUGUAUGAUGAGCAAGUAACAAACCUUGAGAAGACAUCUAAAGAGAGUGGUGAAAAGAUGGCCCACAUGGAGAAGGAGUUGCAAAAAAUGACUGGCAUAGCCAAUGAAAACCACAACACCCUCAAUACAGCUCAGGAUGAGUUGGUGACAUUUAGUGAGGAACUAGCACAGCUUUACCACCAUGUAUGUCUAUGUAAUAAUGAAACUCCCAACAGGGUCAUGUUGGACUACUAUAGGCAAAGCAGAGUUACCCGGAGUGGCAGCCUCAAGGGGCCUGAUGAUCCCAGGGGGCUUUUGUCUCCAAGAUUAUCCAGGAGGGGUACGUCAUCCCCAGUAGAAUCAAGGCCAUCAUCUGAACCAGUUUCAAAAGAAAACACAGAGACUAUUAAAGAGCCAAGUCCAACUAAGACUCCUACAAUCUCUCCUGUUAUUACUGCCCCACCAUCAUCUCCAGUUUUGGAUACAAGUGAUAUCCGCAAAGAGCCAAUGAAUAUCUACAACCUCAAUGCCAUAAUCAGGGACCAAAUCAAACAUCUGCAGAAAGCAGUGGACAGAUCUUUACAGCUAUCUCGUCAAAGAGCAGCAGCCCGAGAGUUGGCUCCCAUGAUUGAUAAGGACAAAGAAGCCUUAAUGGAAGAGAUUCUCAAGCUGAAGUCCUUGCUAAGCACCAAACGGGAGCAGAUUGCCACACUGAGGGCAGUAUUGAAAGCCAAUAAGCAGACAGCUGAAGUGGCUCUAGCUAAUCUGAAGAACAAAUAUGAAAAUGAAAAGGCAAUGGUGACUGAAACAAUGACAAAACUGAGGAAUGAACUGAAGGCUUUGAAAGAAGAUGCUGCAACCUUCUCAUCCCUAAGAGCAAUGUUUGCAACAAGAUGUGAUGAAUAUGUCACACAGUUGGACGAGAUGCAGAGACAGUUAGCAGCUGCAGAAGAUGAGAAGAAGACUCUAAAUACUUUAUUGCGAAUGGCUAUCCAGCAAAAGCUCGCCCUGACACAGCGGCUGGAGGACUUAGAGUUUGACCAUGAGCAGUCCCGACGCAGCAAAGGCAAACUUGGAAAGAGCAAGAUCGGCAGCCCUAAAGUAAGUGGGGAGGCGCCAGCCGCUGUGCCUACCAUAGACACUUACCUCCUGCAUAGUCAGGGCCCACAGACACCCACCAUUCGGGUCAGCAGUGGCACUCAGAGGAAAAGACAAUUUUCACCUUCCCUUUGUGAUCAGAGCCGUCCCAGGACUUCAGGGGCUUCCUACCUACAGAAUUUAUUAAGAGUUCCCCCUGAUCCCACCUCCACAGAAUCAUUUCUUCUGAAGGGUUCCCCUUCCAUGAGUGAACUCAUCCAAGGGCAUCGGCUCAGCAAGGAAAAAAGGUUAACCGUGGCUCCACCAGCAAAAAGAGAUUGUCAGCAGCCUGCUGCCUCCGUACCGCCACAGUGCUCACAACUAGCUGGGAGGCAAGACUACCCAGCUGUCAGUCCGAACAUUGCCCUCCCUGAGGAGCAGCCACAUUCCAGCUCACAGUGUGCUCCUCUCCAUUGUCUCACCAAGCCUCCUUACCCCUAGUCUUCAUCUCUCAUGGAUGACUGUCUGGGCUGAAGGUUUUCUAGCCACACUGAGGACACUGCUUGAGAUCUAGCAGGUGUUGUCUUCUUGGAGAGUAGAUGUACAUAUGUAUUACAGUCCAUCAUUUUUGAAGAGGAGAGAGUUCAGAAGAAUAAAAUGAUGUAUUGAAUCUGGUGUGAUCAAUUUAUGGCUUCUCUGAGUCCCAGAUCACCUGCAAUCAAAUGGCAACUGUUCACUUGAAAUUUAAAUGAAACAUGUAUCUCAGAUAUCUGGCUUUACCUCCACAGCAUAAAAGAGAUCCAAGACAAUGUAAAAUAAAUAUGUUAUAAAAUCAUCUUUCCCUAUACUUCAAAGUCAGCCAUAGGAGUUUAUUCCAAUAUUUUCAUUAAUAUUUAUUGUUUAUUUUCUUUGCUAUAUGGUUUGUGUUUAUAAAGAUAAUUUCUGUAAGCGGAAUUCAUUUAUUUUAAGUAAUCAUAGUUUGCUCAGUUUAAUUUAGUUUAAAAUUUGGAACUGGCAAGAUUAUGGUCCUUCUUCUUGCAGAAAAUUACAAAUGAGGUGCAUCAGAAUGUUAACAAUAACUGUUUUGCUGCUACAUGGAUACUCUUUAUGCAGUUAUUUUCUAAUUAGUAACUCAUUAAUUGCUAGUUUUUUAAACUAGAGUUCUUCACUGGACAUUUAUUAAGUAUAUCUAAGAAAGAGGCAAAGAUAUGAUUCAUUGACUUAAUCAAGUUUUGAUGGUAUAUUUAAUUUUUCAAAAUUGCAAUUGAGUAGAUAUAUUGGUGCUGCUCCUGUGUGAGUGUGUGUAUGUGUGUAUAUGUGGUCGUAUUAAAGAAGGGCAAAUUACUUGAAGGAAAUGAAUGGUGUGUUUAUUUAAUGACCACAAAUUUUUUUAAACUUUUUCCAAAUUUAGGGUCUUACUAUGUGUUUCCCACUAAAAGGGAUCACAAUAAAUGCAAAAAUAUACACAUAUAUAGUUGUAAGGUAGCCUUGGCUUGUUAAUUUAUGCAGAAAGUGUAUGCUUUUGUUGUUUGUUUCUUUCACAAUGAAUCUUUCUUGCCAAAAAAGAAAUAAUAAACCUUAGCUCAUUGUCUAUUUUUAACAAACACUCAGGUGCCUACAGUCAUAUUAUAUUGAGAUAAGACAUAUUCUUAUUUAAUUUACGGAUUCUGUUAGGUAAUUUUUAUGACUUUAUUUAAGGCAAUAGAAUUUCAUAGAAAAAAUUAGGUUUUGCAUUAUUGAGAAAACAAGGACAACAGCUAUUUGAGCUGUAAGGUCUAACUUUGAUUCCUCAGUUUUCAAGUGCUGCCCACAUAAUUGCGCCUAACCCUGACUCCUUGUCCUUGUCAGGUAGCCUUAACUUACAUAAAACCAUAAAGGUUUUACUUUUUCAUGUAACAGUAUCUUUAACUUCUCUUCCAAACAAAACUGGCCCUCACUGUUAGCAAAAAAGAUGACUAGCACUGUAGGAAGACAACAACAGAUUUCGGAGCUGCCUAGCUUGUGGAGCGGAAGGGGUGGCACAUUUAUGAAGCACUCCAUCAAAGGUCAUCAGUCAGUCACAAAGCACAUUGCAGGAACUUUGUUUUUAUGUUAUGUUCCUGUUGAGUAGCAGUCAUGGUUACCAAAGCAACCCAGAAAUUUUGUGUUCCUUAUCUGAAUUAUGUUUUUGUGUCAUUUCUUAUGCAACUUGGAGUAAAAGUUGAAAUAGUUGCCAAAAUUUAGGGAUGCAAGUAAAGUACAUUAACACACAAAACAGACCCUGAUUGGAGUUCUAAUCAAUCAGAAUCUCUACAUAGUUGCUCCUGCCUGUAUUGCUUUGUUGUUCCUGUACAUUCUCCUCAUUUAUUGUUGUUAAAUAUGCCUUGUGCUAAUAUUAGUGAGACAGUAUGGAUUUUCAUUAGAGUUUAAUUAAAGACAAUUUCCUCUGUUUUUUUUUUUCUUUUUACCUUUUCUGAAGCAUGAGUUGAAACCGAAGAUGUGUCAUAGUUGCUAAGCUGACUUUGACCUAAGGGAUAACAUGCCUUUUAAAUAAAUACCCCAGAAUGAGUUUGUGUCUUUGGAUUGGGAACUCAACAAUGGAUCUCUUCUCUGUGUAGCCACUGUUGACAUAACUGCAUUGAGUUUAUGUUUGUUUUGAGAUAUUAAUUCUAUGAAAUAUUAAUGUUAAAAGAACUUUGCCCAGAAGAUAUAUGAACUUUGAAAUGAAUUUCUCAUUUUCAGCACAAAAGUAGGUGGUAAUCUCUAAGCAGUAAGAGUUUUAUUUAUGUUGUAACACAUCUUUUAGUAUAGUUUAAACUGAGCCAUAUUGAUAUUUAUUUACUUACAGACAUGUUCAAUGAAUAAAUGCAUAGUGCUGAUAAAAAUGAAUACCUGUAAAGAUAAUAUUGGGAUGUAAAAAGAAACAGAAAAAGUAAAAACUAAUGAAACAAAAACUAUGAAUCUCAGUAAGAAUAAUUGAAGGUGCAUUCGAUAUUAAAAUACAAACUAUAGAAACACUACAAAUGCUAAUUGUUGUAAACAUUUUGAACAAAGGUGAGAGGUUAUGUUCAAGAUUAGUUAGCAAAAUAACCAACUAUUGUAAAAUUUUUCAUUACGUUUUACUGUGUGUAUGUGUGUGUAUGUGCACAUGCAUGCACUUACACACAUGCAUGUCCACAGCAUGUGUGGGAAAGUUGGAGGAAAACCUGCAGGAGUUGCUUCUCUCCCACAACUAUUUGGGUCCCAAGGAUUGAAUUCAGAUUAUCAGGCCUAGUGCAAGGCAUCUUUAUCUGCUGAACCAUCUUACUGGUUUCCACAUUUUUUUAAUGUAAGCACAAUUACAAUACAAAACUAAAUAGAAGAAUUAGUGCAGAAAUGGUUUCCCACUUGGGAUUUUCAUUAACACAUAAUAGUAAAAUAAAAAGAAGCAAUAAAUUGUAUUUGACCUAAGUGUUUAGGAACAUAAAAAACAUUUGGAUACAUGAACCUUUUGCAUAUCUAAUUCUGUAUGAAAAAGAGGAGGAGGUAAAAGGAAUUUUGAAAACUUCUAGAAAAUAUAAAUCUAUUAAGGAAUGAAGAAAAGACUUAUUUGGAAGAUAUACUUUAUAUAUGCUUAAAGGAGAGGAGGUACAAUAAUGCGGUCCAACAAAUGACAGAACUUAACAAAUGACAGAGCGCAGCUACAUAUCCCAUAAGACUAAAUUUAAAGGGUUAGUAUUACCUGUAGGAAAGAGAUUUUUAAUAGUGGAAAAUUAAUCAUUGGAUUAUAAGGAUUUGUGUUUUAAAAUGGUGGUCUUGUAAGUAUAGCCAAUUUGCAAUAAUAUGUUAUUCUAGGAGCCCACAAUUCUAUGAUUUUUUUGUUUUAAAAUCUAAAAUAUAUUUAUUUUUACUGAUUGGUCAUGAAAUAUUUUUACUUUUGAACUAGGAUAACAACCUUGAUUUUCUAAGGUAUUUGUUCUUUUAUAAAAGGAGUUCUUCAAAGUUGUCUGGAUUAUAGCAAUUUCACUUUAGAGAACUUCAGUGUCAGAGUCUAAAAAGCAAAUAUCCUUAAAAAAGCUUCAUAAGUAGAAGGUAUGCUGUCUCUUAGAGGAGGCAACUACUUCUUAAAUUUUAUUUACUUAUAAAGAUUUUCUAUCUUUAACAUUUGCUUUAUCUAUGAUGUAGAACGUGUUCUAAUACCGAUAAGUCCUUCUCUAUUAAUACGCAUGAACAAUUGGUCUAUUAAACUAGCUAAGAAUGUGGAUAUUCCCUUAUACACUAUAUUGAAUAAAAUCCUCUCCAUUAACCAAGCACAGAUUACAAAUAAUGGUAUGAAUAAAUCAAAUAUAUUUUCUACUGUGAUAAAUGUCAACUUUUAUUGUAUUAGUCAAUCAAAAGAUGUAAUCUUUCUUAUGAAGAAAUCAGUGGGCAAUCACAGGGUGUGACUCAGCAAUGGGGAGCUUGCUGGACCUGUGUGAGACCAUGGGUAGCAUCUACUGUACUGCAAAACAAACAAACCCUAAAAAAAAAAAGUGAUGGAUUUCCCCACAUAGAAUCCUGUUCAUUCAAUCCAAGGAUGUCACAAAUGAACUGAUACUGUACAUAUAAGUACAUUUGUAAAGUCCACAAUGUUUAAAACUUUUGUUUUUUAAUAAAUCAGAUUGAUUUAAAAUAAUAGCUUGCAUGAAAGCUGCAAAAUUUAUGUUUUCAAAUAAAGCAAAAAGCUGCCGAACUGAAGUCAUGCUGGUCAGUAUGGCCAGUGCCAAUGCUGAGAAAUAAGUACGUACUUCAAAAUCAGUGUCCUAGCUCCUAAGUGGUCAUUUCCAUUUUCUGUAAUAAUAACCCAAGAUGAGUUGUCUGAAAUUAAAUUCAUCUUUAUGUAAAUGCCAUUUAGCUACCAAAGUCCCUGAUAUAUUGUAGCCUUAUUCUUUUAUUUAAAUACCUGAACAGCUUCAACUGAGACACCUCUUUCAUCUUGUUACUCAAGGUUUUAAUUAAAGAGAUAAUUUGUAUUAAAAUAUGCUCUUUGAUUUUGAACCUUUUCAGAACUGACAAUCUGUUUAUGAGAAGGCACAAGCAAUUAACCUCUGUUAUUGUAGGCAAGAGUAUGUUUGCAUGAAAUAUUACACAUCAUAUAAGCUUUCCCAUAUCCAUAACAUGGAUUCUACAUAGAAACUUUACUCCUAUUGUGAUCUCUUCAUUAGGAAUGCAAGGAGGCUGUUACAUGCAUUGGGUCUCUUUUCCAUACUGAAAUGCAUGGCUUUAUCCCUUAAGUGUAUUUUUAUACCCUCAGCUGGAGUUGUUUAAUAAUCUGCCACAUAUGAACUGAAGCUUUAAUGACUUGAUGAACCAGAUGAUUUCUGAGAUUGGAGUUUAAUUGCUUUACAAUGCUUGCUGGGAAUUUAUGUUUAACUACCUUUCAUUAUCAGUCACUGCUCAUAACUGUGAGACCACUGAGAAGCAAAUUUGAUACUUCUUGGAGUAAAUGUAUGCUUUUUAUUUAAAAAUCCAAUUUAAGAGGGAGGGGGGACUGGGGUUGGUAUGUAAAAUGAAAAGUAAUUUUAAGUAUCAGAAGGCAAUGACACCAGUGUUGACCAAUAUUUAUCUGUAAUGGAGAAACAGAAGGAAUUAUUGGGGGAGUGGUGGUACACACCUUUAGUCCAAGUACUUGGGAAGCAGAGGCAAACAGAUCUCAGUCUACAGAAGGAAUCAUUGGGUUCCUAGCUAUUAUUGUGUAACAAAUUAGAGGGCAUACUUUUUAAUGUUACUGGCACAGAACUUUUAAGCUCAAUGGUUUGACUGUUAGAGUCAAUCAAAACAAUUUUUUGAAAAGAAAUUUGGUUUUUUGAAACAGGGUUUCUCUGUAUUGCUUUGGAGGUUGUCCUGGAACUUGCUCUGUAGAGUAGGCUGGCCUCAAACUCACAGAGAUCCGCCUGCCUCUGCCUCCUGAGCACUGAGAUUAAAGCCAUGAGCCACCAACGCCUGGCAUUUUUUGAAAAUAUUUUAUGACAUUUUGUAUUAUAUUCAGUGUUUUUAUUUGCAUGGCUAUUCACAUAUGAAGACAUGAUUCUGAUGUUGUGUUUCCUUCCCAUGUUAAAGUUUGUGUUGCGUGUGGUCAAACCUAAUUUCUACACUGUAUGAUUAUUCUUGUAAUGUUUCAGUUAUUCCUACCAUUAUUAUUAUGCCUUUGGGGCUUCAAUGACAUGCAGUGUUUCUAUCUAGUAAUAAUAAUACCAUGUGAAAACAUGACUAAAAGACUAAUUUAAGAAAUGCCUUUCUGCUAUUUAAAAAUCCAAAAAUCAGAGACAUUAUUAAACAACAUGCAUUUGUGUUGAGUUUAGAAUGUUCUUAUGAACUUAUUGUUUGAUGUUCUUUUUACUUUUUUACUGUAGAUAAUCCCAAGUGAAUUCACAAAGGAGACUCCAUAUGGCAUAUGCUUGUUUCUGUGAUCUGAUCAUGCACUCAGUAGUUGUGGAAGGCACUCCAUUGCUAAGGAAAUAACCAGAUACUAAUAAUUGUUAUCUUGACCAUAUUGUAAUGCAAAACUUUUACAGUAAAUAAACUGAUUGUCUUUUGUUCAUUUCA